AUGGGUGACUGCACAGGACCAGCCCUCGGCCGCCCGGCCAACGCCUUCACCUCCGUCAGCAGCUGUUCCCCCAGCCGGGCCAGCAUCCUGACCGGCUUACCCCAGCAUCAGAAUGGGAUGUAUGGGCUGCACCAGGACGUGCACCACUUCAACUCCUUUGACGGCGUGCGGAGCCUGCCCCGGCUGCUCAGCCAAGCACACGUCCGAACAGGGAUAAUUGGGAAGAAGCAUGUUGGGCCCGAGGCUGUCUACCCCUUCGACUUCGCCUACACAGAAGAGAACAGUUCGGUCUUGCAGGUUGGGAGAAACAUCACUCGAAUCAAAGCGCUCGUCCGGCAGUUUCUGCAGAGCCAGGAUGAGAGGCCUUUCUUCCUCUACGUCGCCUUCCACGACCCCCACCGCUGUGGGCACUCCCAGCCCCAGUACGGGGCCUUUUGUGAGAAAUUCGGCAACGGAGAAAGUGGCAUGGGCUGGAUCCCGGACUGGAAGCCACAGCUCUACCGCCCAGAGCAAGUGCAGGUCCCUUACUUCGUUCCAGACACGCCGGCUGCCCGGGCGGACCUGGCAGCCCAGUACACAACCAUAGGGCGCAUGGACCAAGGGAUCGGGCUGGUCCUGGAGGAGCUGCGGCGUGCUGGCUUCCACAACAGCACGCUGGUGAUCUACACCUCUGACAACGGCAUCCCCUUCCCCAGCGGCAGGACCAACCUCUACCUGUCGGGCACUGCCGAGCCCUUGCUGAUCUCUUCCCCCGAGCACACCAAGCGCUGGGGGCAGGUCAGCCAGGCCUUCGCCACCCUCCUGGACCUCACGCCGACCAUUUUGGACUGGUUCUCCAUCCCCUACCCUUCUUACAGCAUCUUUGGCACGAAGCGGGUGCAGCUCACCGGAAAGUCUCUCCUGCCAGCACUGGAGCCGGAGCAGCCCUGGGCCACCGCCUUCAGCAGCCAGAGCCACCACGAAGUGACCAUGUACUACCCCAUGCGAGCCAUCCAGCACCAGCAGUUCCACCUCAUUCACAACCUCAACUACAAGAUGCCCUUUCCCAUCGACCAGGACUUCUACAUCUCGCCCACUUUCCAAGACCUGCUCAACCGCACCAGGGCCGGGCAGCCAACCCACUGGAACAAGACCCUGCACCAGUACUACUACAGGGACCGCUGGGAGCUCUUUGACUGCAGCCGCGACCCCACUGAGAGCCAGAACCUGGCCCCCGACCCCCGCUACGCCGCCAUCUUCCAGCUGCUUCGCACGCAGCUCUUGAAGUGGCAGUGGGACACAGGUGACCCCUGGGUGUGUGCCCCCGAUGCUGUCCUGGAGAAGAAACUGAGCCCCCAGUGCCAGCCACUGCACAACGAGCUGUGAGCCUCAGCUCUGCCUCGCGUCCCCCAUUGCCACGGGACAGCUGUGCGCUGCCCAUUGGGCAUGAGGGGGUCAGAGCAGGACCCUGGCGGGGCCAGUCCCAAAUCCCUG